GCGGGAGCGUCCCCGCUCCUCCCUGCUCCCCGGCGGGCACCUGUCACCGCCGGGCGCCGUCGCCCCUGCGACACUGAAGCGCAACCAGGGACCGGAGGGAGGGGAUCCCACGAGACGGCUGCGCCGACUGCCGCCACCCCGGCGCUGGGAGUCGCCCUCUCCAUCUGCCCUAAGGUACCAGAGAGUCAUGCCUGGGAGCUCCAGGCCCCUCCUGCUGCCCUUGAGGACUUAGCGCUCCCACUCUCCAGGGCCGCCCUGCUGCGCCUCCGAGGCCCGCGGGCUGCACCCCGCCGUCUCCUGUGUAGCGCCGCUGCCAGCAAGCCGGUUCACCUGCAGCUCUGCGCACGAGGCACGGCCACCCUCUCCCGGGACCCAGGGUGGUUCCUGGGGCUGCUUCUACGAGCAGCUCUCAGCACUGUCAGCACUGGACGAGGACCAGGAGGGCCACGGUGCUUUCACCUUCCUUCCCUCACUAGGGCUGCACACCUGGCCUCAAGCCCCCAGCUUGCAGAACUCGAUCUACCUGAUUGUAGGUGUUGCUGCCUUUACCAAAUUUCCUCAGACCACCUACUUCUCCUUCGGGACCCAGCGUCUGUGUUUUUAGCGCACCCGAGCUCUCGGUCUUUGAGUCUGGCCCGUGGCUGGUGCUGGUACCUUGCGGCGGGAGGAUGGCGGUGCUGCGGCAGCUGGCGCUCCUGCUGUGGAAAAACUACACUCUGAAGAAGCGGAAGGUUCUAGUGACAGUCCUAGAACUUUUCCUGCCCCUGCUUUUUUCUGGGAUCCUGAUUUGGCUUCGCCUGAAGAUCCAGUCCGAAAAAGUACCCAAUGCCACUGUUUACCCUGGCCAGUCCAUCCAAGAGCUGCCCCUGUUCUUCACCUUUCCUCCCCCUGGGGACAGCUGGGAGCUUGCCUACAUCCCCUCCAACAGUGACGCCAUCAGAAGCAUCACUGAGACAGUGAGGAGGGCGCUGCUGAUCAACCUGAGAGUGCACGGCUUUUCCUCCGAGAGGGACUUCGAGGACUACGUUCGGUACGACAACCACUCCUCCAGCGUGCUGGCCGCCGUGGUGUUCGAGCACACGUUCAACCACAGCAAGGACCCUCUGCCCUUGGCGGUGCGGUACCACCUACGCUUCAGUUACACACGAAGAAAUUACAUGUGGACCCAAACAGGCAACUUUUUUCUAAAAGAGACUGAGGGCUGGCACACCACUUCUCUUUUUCCACUUUUCCUAAGCCCAGGACCAAGGGAACCUUCAUCUCCUGAUGGCGGAGAACCUGGUUAUAUCCGCGAAGGCUUCCUGGCGGUGCAGCAUGCUGUGGACAAAGCUAUCAUGUACCACCAUGCCAAUGCCUCUGCCCACCAGCUCUUCCAGAAGCUCAUGGUGAUCACCAAGCGCUUCCCGUUCCCACCGUUCAUCUCCGACCCCUUCCUCGUUGCCAUCCAGUACCAGUUUCCCCUGCUGCUCAUGCUGAGCUUCACCUACACCUCCCUCACCAUCAUCCGGGCUGUGGUGCAGGAGAAAGAGAGGAAACUGAAGGAGUACAUGCGGAUGAUGGGCCUCAGCAGCUGGCUGCACUGGAGCGCUUGGUUCCUCAUGUUCCUCCUCUUCCUCUUCCUUGUGGUCUCCUUCAUGACCCUGCUGUUCUGUGUCAAAGUGAGGAAGGACGUAGCGGUGCUCUCGAGCAGUGACCCCUCCCUGGUGCUGGCCUUCCUGCUGUGUUUUGCAGUCUCGUCCAUCUCCUUCAGCUUCAUGGUCAGCACCUUCUUCAGCAAAGCCAACAUGGCGGCAGCUGUGGGCGGCUUCCUGUACUUCUUCACCUAUAUCCCCUACUUCUUUGUGGCUCCCUGGUACAACUGGAUGACACUGACCCAGAAGCUGUCGUCUUGUCUCCUGUCCAACGUUGCCAUGGCGAUGGGAGCCCAGCUGAUAGGAAAAUUUGAAGCCAAAGGCACAGGCAUCCAGUGGCGAGACCUCCUGAGUCCUGUCAACGUGGACGAUGACUUCUGCUUCGGGCAAGUGCUGGGCAUGUUACUGCUCGACUCUGUGCUCUAUGGCCUGGUGACCUGGUAUGUGGAAGCUGUCUUCCCAGGCCAGUUUGGUGUGCCCCAGCCCUGGUACUUCUUCCUCUUGCCCUCCUACUGGUGCGGGAACCCGAGGACCGUCGUAGGGAAAGAAGACGACGACAGUGACCCGGAGAAGGCUCUCAGAACAGAGUACUUUGAAGCUGAGCCAGAGGACUUGGUGGCCGGCAUCAAGAUCAAGCAUCUAUCUAAGGUGUUCCGAGUGGGAAAUAAGGACAGGUUGGCCAUCAGAGACCUGAACUUGAACCUGUAUGAGGGGCAGAUCACCGUCCUGCUGGGUCACAACGGUGCUGGGAAGACCACGACUCUGUCUGUGCUCACAGGUCUCUUUCCCCCUACCAGUGGGCGCGCUUAUAUCCGUGGGUAUGAAAUUUCCCAAGACAUGGGUCAGAUACGGAAGAGCUUGGGCCUGUGCCCCCAGCACGAUGUCCUAUUUGACAACAUGACGGUUGCAGAACAUCUUUACUUCUAUGCCCAGCUGAAAGGCCUGUCUCGCCGGAAGUGUCCAGAAGAAGUGAAGCACAUGCUGCACCUCCUCAGCCUGGAGGACAAGCGGGACUCGCUGUGCAAGUUCCUGAGCGGGGGGAUGAAGCGCAAGCUGUCCAUCGGCAUCGCCCUCAUAGCCGGCUCCAAGGUCCUGAUCCUGGAUGAGCCCACCUCAGGCAUGGACGCCACCGCCAGGAGGGCCAUCUGGGACCUUCUUCAGCAGCAAAAGAGUGACCGCACCAUCCUGCUGACCACCCACUUCAUGGAUGAGGCCGACCUGCUGGGGGACCGCAUCGCCAUCAUGGCCAAGGGGGAGCUGCAGUGCUGCGGGUCGUCCCUGUUCCUCAAGCAGAAGUACGGAGCCGGCUACCACAUGACGCUGGUGAAGGAGCCACACUGCAACCCAGAAGGCAUCUCCCAGCUGGUGCUCCACCAUGUCCCCAAUGCCACUCUGGAGAGCCACGCUGGGGCGGAGCUGUCCUUUAUUCUUCCCAAGGAGAGCACACACAGGUUUGAAAGUCUGUUUUCUAAACUGGAAAAAAAGCAGAAGGAAUUGGGCAUUGCCAGUUUUGGGGCCUCUGUCACCACCAUGGAAGAAGUCUUCCUUCGCGUUGGUAAGUUGGUGGACACCAGCAUGGACGUUCAAGCGAUCCAGCUCCCUGCCCUGAAGUAUCAACAUGAGAGGCGGGCGAGUGACUGGGCCGUGGAUGGCACCCUGUGUGGGGUGAUGGACCCCACUGAUGGCAUUGGAGCCCUCAUGGAGGAGGAACAGGCCAUGGUCAAGCUCAACACUGGGCUUGCCCUCCACUGCCAGCAGUUCUGGGCCAUGUUCUUGAAGAAGGCUGCCUACAGCUGGCGGGAAUGGAAGAUGGUGGCAGCCCAAGUGUUGGUACCCUUGACCUGCAUCACCCUGGCCCUCCUGGCUAUCAACUACUCCUCAGAGGUCUUCGAUGACCCUCCCCUGAGGCUAGGCCUGGAUGAGUAUGGCAGAACCGUCGUACCCUUCUCAGUCCCGGGCACCUCUCAGUUGGAUCAGCAGCUGUCCGAGCAUCUGAGAGAUAUGCUGCGGGCUGAGGGACAGGAGCCCCGUGAGGUGCUGGGUGACCUGGAAGAGUUCCUGGUUUUCAGGGCCUCUGUGGAGGGGGGCGGCUUCAACGAGCGGUGCCUGGUGGCAACAUCCUUCAAAGAUGUGGGAGAGUGGACAGUGGUCACCGCCCUGUUCAACAACCAGGCAUACCACUCGCCGGCCACCGCCCUGAGCGUCGUGGACAACCUUCUGUUCAGGCUGCUGUGCGGCCCUCAGGCUUCCAUCCAGGUUUCCAACUACCCCCAGCCGCGCAGCGUCCUGCAGGCUGCCAAGGACCAGUUCAGCGAGUACGUGGGCCGGAAAGGAUUUGACGUCACGCUUAAUUUGCUCUUCGCCAUGGCAUUUCUGGCCAGCACCUUUUCCAUCCUGACAGUCAGUGAGCGGGCUGUCCAGGCCAAGCACAUUCAGUUCGUGAGCGGCGUCCGUGUGGCUACUUUCUGGCUGUCCGCCCUCCUGUGGGACCUUCUCUCCUUCCUUGUCCCUGCUCUUCUGUUGCUGGUGGUGUUCCGAGCCUUCGACGUGCGUGCCUUCACCCAGGACGGCCACACGGCCGACAUGCUGCUGCUGCUCACGCUGUACGCCUGGGCCAUCAUCCCGCUCAUGUACCUCAUGAGUUACUUCUUCUCGAGCGCAUCCACGGCCUACACCAGGCUGACCCUCUUCAACAUCCUGUCGGGCGUUGCCACCUUCAUCAUGGUCACUAUCAUGCGCAUCCCAGCUGUGAAGUUAGAAGAACUUUCCAGAACUCUGGAUCAUGUGUUCCUGGUACUGCCCAACCAUUGUCUGGGGAUGGCAGUGAGUAGCUUCUAUGAGAACUAUGAGACACAGCGGUACUGCACUUCCUCAGACGUCGCGGCCCACUACUGCAGGAAGUACAACAUCCAGUACCAGGAGAACUUCUACGCUUGGAGCAUGCCAGGGGUCGGCAGGUUCGUGACCUCCCUGGCUGCCUCAGGGACCGUCUACCUUACCUUGCUCUUCCUCAUUGAGACCAACCUGCUGUGGAGACUGGGGACCUUCAUCUGUGCCUUCCGAAGGAGGUGGACACUGGCAGAAUUGCACAGCCGAACCUCAGUGCUUCCUGAGGACCAGGACGUGGCCGAAGAGAGGAGCCGAGUCCUGUCGCCUAGCCUGGACUCCUUACUUGACACACCUCUGAUCAUCAAGGAGCUCUCCAAGGUUUAUGACCAGUGGAUGCCACUUCUUGCCGUGGACAGGAUCUCCCUUGCAGUCCAGAAAGGGGAGUGCUUUGGCCUAUUGGGUUUCAAUGGAGCUGGGAAAACCACAACAUUCAAGAUGCUGACUGGGGAGGAGACGAUCACCUCAGGGGACGCCUUUGUUGGGGGCCACAGAAUCAGCUCUGACAUCGGGAAGGUACGACAGCGGAUGGGCUACUGCCCACAGUUUGACGCGCUGCUGGAUCACAUGACCGGCAGGGAGAUGCUGGUCAUGUACUCUCGCCUCCGAGGCAUUCCUGAGCGCCUCAUUGACGCCUGUGUGGAGAACACGCUGAGGGGCCUGCUGCUGGAGCCAUACGCCAACAAACUAGUCCGGACUUACAGUGGUGGCAACAAGCGCAAGCUGGGCACUGGCAUUGCCCUCAUUGGAGAUCCCGCCGUCAUCUUCCUGGACGAGCCGUCCACUGGCAUGGAUCCUGUGGCCAGGCGCCUGCUCUGGGACACUGUGGCCCGGGCUCGAGAGUCUGGCAAGGCCAUUGUCAUCACCUCCCACAGCAUGGAAGAAUGCGAGGCCUUGUGCACCCGGCUGGCCAUCAUGGUACAGGGUCAGUUCAAGUGCCUGGGCAGCCCGCAGCACCUCAAGAGCAAGUUUGGCAGUGGCUACUCCCUGCAGGCCAAGGUCCGGAGCGAAGGGCAGCAGGAGGCGCUAGAGGAGUUCAAGGCUUUUGUGGACCUGACCUUCCCAGGCAGCAUCCUGGAAGACGAGCACCAAGACAUGGUCCAUUACCACCUGCCUGGCCAUGACCUCAGCUGGGCAAAGGUGUUUGGCAUCCUAGAGAAAGCAAAGGAGAAGUACGGAGUGGACGACUACUCAGUAAGCCAGAUCUCGCUGGAGCAAGUCUUCUUGAGUUUUGCUCACCUGCAGCCCCCUGUCAGUGAGGAAGGGCGAUGAGAAGUGUUGGCUGCCUCCAGGGCUCCAGGCAGGGCUGGAUGAGCCAGUGCACAGUUGUGCAUCCUCCCCUCCCAGUUUCUCCUACCUUUUAUUUUUAAUCACUGUUUUCUAUGAUGGACGUGAAAAAGAAUCAAGGCCAUAUGCACAAAUUGACCAAGCGUGUCAGUGCUGCAGGCGGGAAUCAGCAUGCGGAUGUUCACUCCAGAGCCCGACUCUGGAAUCCCGGCUCCCAGACCCAAAGCUUGUACCACAGUGCGUGCGGACAGGCCGUGGGUCUUUGGGUAGAGAACUGUCCAGGAGGAUCUGCAGCUGACCCAGGGGUUGACUUUCUCUGUGUGCUCCCACAGAGUACCUAGGGCGUCUGACCAUGUUUACAUUUGCCACUAAGCUCCUCUGGGGAGGAAGAAGGAAGCCAGCAGGGACGAGCUUCAACAAAGCCCUCCAGGGUCCUGGAAGUGGGCAGGAAAGCUGCAGAUCUUGGUCCACGAAGGGAAGAUGCUGGCUGUGUCUGGGUGCUGAGACCUUGGUUUCCAGUACAACUACAGAGGCAUCCUUCUGGGAGGCCAGUAUUCCUGAGUGUGGACACUAGCCUAGGCCAAGCUGGUCCUGGGCCGGAUGUCGCCCAUCAACAGCACAAGAGAGAUGGUGGCCAGACCCAGAGCACAGUACCCUGUUCCAAUUCUGCCUUCAAGAACUCUCGGGCCACAGGACAGUCAGGGACCACUACAGGGUUGAGUGGCUGUCUCUCGAGGAUACGCUGAAUAUAUUGUGAUUGCAGAAAAUAAAGGCUGAGGGGACAUGUG